AUGGUACUCCUGCUCUUCUGGGCGCAGGUCAGGGGCGCAGAGACCCGGCCGUUGCUGCACGAUGAAUUCGAAAAGCUCAACAGCCACCACCGGGCCGAACUCAUGGGGCAGGAUGCCCAACAGCUGUUUGCCACGGCCACGGCUGGCAACAACCACCGCAAGAACCGCUACGCCGACAUACUCGCCCUCGAGGCCACCAGGGUCAAGCUCAAGGCGCACCGCGAGCUUCUCAUCGAUGACAGCGACUACAUCAACGCCAAUUACAUCGACGGCGAGGUCCCAGGGUCGCAUCAAGCCUACAUUGCCUGCCAGGCACCGCUCCCAGCGACCCUAAGCCACUUCUGGCUGAUGAUCUGGGAAAGCGAGAGCGCGGUCAUUGUCAUGCUCACGCGCCUCACCGAGCGUAACCAGCUCAAGGCCUCGGCCUACUGGCCCGAGGGCGUGGGCGAGCGCCGACAAUUCGGGCCAUUCGGCGUCACCCACCUGCGGAGCGAGGCCAUCAGCUCGCACCUCACCCAGCGCGUCUUCGAGGUCCGCCACGCCGGGCAGACCCGGCAGAUCGUGCAGCUGCACUACACCGAAUGGCCCGACUUCGGCACGCCCGGGUCUACACAGACCAUUCGCGAGCUGGCGGAGCUGGUCAAUGCCCACAAGGAGGCAGGCCGACGGGCGGGCCUCGAUGGGCCGAUCGUGGUCCACUGCUCGGCCGGGGUCGGGCGGGCGGGCACCUUCAUCGCCAUCCACAUCAACCUGGAGAAGAUGGAGCUGCAGCAUUCCGGAUCCGAUCAGUCGGUUGUGGUCGACAUUCCACGCACUGUGGCUCUGCUUCGCCAGAGCCGGGCUGGCAUGGUGCAGACCGCGGAGCAGUAUCAAUUCAUCUACGACGUCGUGCGAGAUGCAGCACGCGAACGAUCGGCGACCGGCGAAUACAACACAGCCUUGACAAAGCAGCACCACGACGAAAUCUGA